AUGAUUAUUUUCAUAUUUUUCUUCACUAUUGCAUUUUCACAAGAUAUUCUUAUUAAAGCUGAUGUUAAUAAAUAUUUUAGAGCAGUUUUAAAUAUCCCACCAACAUGUACAUUAAGAACAGAACCAGGAAUUAGUGCAUUUAUUAAUAGUAAAUAUCCUAAUUAUCCCAUGAUUAUUAAAAUUGGUUCAAGUAAAACAACACUUGAAUUUUAUGAUAUUACAAAUCAAAUUUUAGAAGAAAUAAAUAUUGAAGGAUUUAAGAAAACACAAAUUGAAAAUAUUCUUGAUAAAAGAGGAUUUUAUUGUGAAGAUCCAACAUCAUUUAAUCAACAAGAAAUUAGUACAAAAGAUUUCUCAUUUAAUGAAUUAUUUGAAAAAAAAUAA